AAACUGAGAGCCCUUUGCAUGAGUCACUUUCCAAGAAGGGUCUCUCAUUUGGAACAAGUUUCAACCUCUUUGCUUGAAGUCCAGUCAAUUGACAGUGUCAUGUUGUUGUUAUUGUCGUUAUUGUUGUUGUUGUUAUUGUUGUUGUUUUUGACAGCGUCAUCUGCUCCCGGAAGUGUGCGUGCGGCAACGUCAUGACGCGGCCAGUUUUGAUCCAAUAGGAGCGUGGGAAGGCUUAAGCCGUCUCGAGCCGGGUAAAAGGGAUUUGACAGUUGAGAGUAAGAUUCCCAAUUGGACUCUCUGCGCUGGGACGCGCAGCAUGGCGGCGGCCGCCUGCGGCCACCUCGGGGCCGUCACUAAAAGCCAGACUCGGGAGCAGAUCCGGAGGAACCGCGAGAAUUCAAACCGGAGACGAGCCGCUCUUUUGUUCCUCUCCAACAUCUCGCUGGACGGCCGCCCGGUGCAUAGUGGCUCAGCCGAGCGGGGAGGGACGCAGGGGCACCAGGAUGCCGUCCCGGAGCAGAGCGAGCUCGCGUCCACCGCGCUCCUGGAGCCGCAAAGCGAUGUCGGGACGUGCUCGGUGAGUUUGUUGGCUUCCGUCAGCUGCGAGGACGUGAAAGCGACGACGGCGACGCCGCGGACGGGCGCAGGGCUCUUGGCCGUGCCGCCCAUCCUCGUCCUGCCUUCCGACGCGGGGGGUGCGGAGCUGCUGCUCGGCCGUCGCAGGGACUCGGCGCCCUUGGCGGCCGAUGGCCACCUCCUCUCCCCGUCACCGUCGGCAUCCAACAGCAGCCUGCUGCCUUCACCAGCGACACCGCGCAAGUCUUCCACGCUGCUGUCGGUGCAAAGCUGCAACUCGCUGUCCUCCGACUUGAGGCAAAGGACCCGAAAUCUCUCUGGCGGUUCUCCCAGGCCGCGACACACCAAGAAGAUCCACUUCAUCAAAAACAUGAAGCAGUACGACACGAGGGGCAGCAGGAUCGUCUUGAUCUGCGCUAAAAGAUCCCUGUGUGCGGCCUUCUCGAUCCUGCCGUACGGAGAAAGCUUUUACCUCAGUGAGCCCAUGCUGAACCAUCCCCGGAGGAGACACUCGUCCGGGAAUAUUUCCACUUCCUUGGAGAUGAUGGGACUGGAGGGUUUCCACUUGGAGACGUACGGCAGGUCGGUGUCGUACGCCCAGUUCCUGUACCCCACCAACGCCUUGGCAAGUCAGAAGCCGUCGUCCACCAGCGACCUCACGCUGCAAAUUCCCGUUUCCAGGAGCUCUCACAGCAUGCCCGGCAGGCGUUUACCCCCGAGUAGGCUCAACAGCGCCGUGGGACUAGACCUUGGACUGGAGGACAUGACAGACUACGACCCGAACAUCCUCAAUGACCCCCAGUGGCCUUGCGGGAAACACAAGCGGGUGCUGAUCUUCGCCUCUUACAUGACCACCGUCAUCGAGUACGUGAAGCCUUCCGACCUGAAGAAAGACAUGAACGAGACAUUCAAGGAGAAGUUUCCUCACAUCAAACUCACCCUGAGUAAGAUUCGCAGUCUGAAGCAAGAGAUGCAAUUGGUCGGCGAGGAUUGCGGCCUGCAGCCCUCCACCAUCGCAAUGGCCUUCGUCUACUUUGAAAAGUUGGUACUGCAGGGGCGACUCAACAAACAGAACAGGAAGUUGGUGUCAGCUGCGUGCAUCCUAUUGGCUGCCAAGAUCAGCAGUGAUCUAAGAAAACAGGAGGUUAAACAUCUCAUCGAUAAGCUUGAGGAGCGCUUCAGGAUCGGCAGGCGGGAGCUGAUAAGCUUUGAGUUCACCAUCCUGGUGGCCCUGGAGAUGGCACUCUACCUUCCGGAAAGUAAAGUCAUGCCUCAUUAUAGGCGGCUGGUCCAGCAGCAGAUGUAGCUUGGUCUUCGAAGACCCUUCCUUCUUCCCUGAUUUGCACAGCUUGAGGGAAACAGCCCUAUUUGGCCCUCAACAAGUUGUCUUUCUGAAAUGGAUCAGGGGUGGCAUUCUGGAUUGCUAGCUCCAUCUCGAAUUGCGUGUGGGAAUCCUAACCGGGCCUUUGGAAAAUCUGCCAAAAGAAGAAAUGCCGUGAAAUUUCUUGCGGCAUUUUCUCUUGUGUAACGCAAUAAAAAAAAAAAAAAGACUGAUUUCUCGCAAAUCCCUCCAAGCAAAAUUUGCAUAUGAGGGCAGCCUACUCGUUCCCAGAGUUGGCAGUUGAUUUGAAUCUGAAAAAGAGACCGAGCAAACUGUGGGAACUGUCGGCUUUCAAAUGACCCCGAGGACUCCACACCUCAGCUGUGAAACUUAAGAUGAAAUCUCUUCAACGGUGCAGUUGCCUCUAUUCAUCUUUUUUGUGGAAGACUGAGACCUGGAGGUCUGAUGAUCACAUGAUCUCCGUGAGCACAUGAGUCGACAAAGCCGAACUACCGGUCUUCGUGUGACGCCCAUAAAUGGCGACUGCGGCCCAACCCGAAGCAGCAAGACAAAACCAGUCGUCCACCAAAGAUUCCAGACGAUUCCUGCAAAAUGGUCAACCCAUCCAAUUGCUGACUCUCAAAGCAAUCUAAUGUUUGAUGUCAUUUUCUCAAGGUCUUCAUCCUUCUAUCUGCAAGUCUUCCCUCGUCACCUCUUUGGUCAUAUUUGCCUCCCUUUCGCAAGCCCUCCUUCCAGUUUUCUCCAACUUUUAAUCUGCACUUAUGCCCUGAACUGCUUCCUCGGUUUGGUCCAUACAAACAAAAAACGCCUAUUACACUGAAGAAAAAUUGUAUUUCAUCCAGUGAUUGCACAAAGUAAAAUCAUCUGGAUCCAGAUAAAAAGAAUAAGUACAUGUAUUUAAAAAAUGUCUGGAUCCAGAUGAUUUUAAUUUGCAACCACGAGAAAAUAAAAUUCUCAACUAAAAUUCAACAAAAACUAUUUUUCUGCUAUAGCAGAAAGAUCCAGCUGCAUUUCCAUCAUUUAUUUUGUCAAGUGGUUGCACAAAAAUUUCCAUCUGGAUACAAUUACUGUAACUGUAUAAUCAACUUAAAAAUUGGAUCCAGAUCCUUUCAUUUCGUGCAACCAGUUGAUGAACUAAAAUUGAAUAAAUUCCAUCAACUAUUUUUCUCAAAGGGAAAAAUAGGCUGUGAUAUUUUUUUACCUAUGAUAAAUACGGUAUGUAUAUUUUUUGUAUUGUGAUAUGUCGCUCAAGUCGAUUAUUUAUUCACUGAUUGACAUUUGCAGCAUCGGGAAGUAGAGUGACUUUCAGAUCUCGUGCAACUUUGUGUUCUUUGCAUUACAGACUUGAUUCUAUGCAGCCUUCCCAUCCCGUCGCACACUGAUGAAUUUCAGCUUGCGUUUUUUCUUUUUGUCUACUUGUCUUCCCUUUAUUUAUGACAUUUUUUUUACAUUUCAGUUAAUUGUUUGUGUUUUCAGAUGUCAGCUGAGUCCGCAGCAGUCUCAUUUCAUUUCAAAUGCAUGAUGUAAAAUACUUGGAUCUAGUGCUUAGGUUGAUUGAUUGUCUCAUACCAGUGAGUUGACCUCUUCUUGACAUUCCACAAUCCGCAUCGUUCCACAAAUUCCUUUUUUUAGUACCAACAUCCCAAACAAACAUACAAAAAAUGAUAACUGAAAUUUCUCAUCAUAAUCGUUUUUAUCGUUUGACUUUCUGCUUGUCCAGCAGGGGUCGCUACCUGGCGUGAUUUGUUUGGCACAGAUUUUACCCUCGAGCCACUCAAUCCAUCUUUUACGCCCCUCUUCCAUAUGUAUGUUUUUGUUACAUGACGUCAACAUGUACACAUUUAGUGACUUGUAGCUCCCGACCACCGACUGUUUCCUAUUUAAUUUAGAGAAUAGAGCAGUGAUUAGGUAUUUUUUGCUAGAUGAAUGCCAAGAUAACUGCCAAUGUAUAUUAAAUAUUUAUUUUCUUAAAAGAAAUGUGAGCUGAUUUUGAUUUGACUAUUCUUUUGUAAAUAUGGUUAAACUGUAUCAUGGUUUGAAGAAAAUGUUCCGUUAUCCACCCAUUCGCGAAAAGAACUGAAUUCUGUAUUGUACUUUCUAAUUUUAUAGACUUUUUAAAAUUGUCAAACUAGGCUCAAUAUUGUGAAUGCUUGAUUGUGUAUGAUUUGGCGACCAUUCCAGAGUGUCUCCAUCUCUGGCCCCAAGGCAUUUGAAAUAGAUUCCGAUGAGGAAUAUCCGAAAAGUCUCUCUGAAACGGCUCCCGAUUGCAGUGCCCCAAAUGUGCCACUAGAUAGCAGCAAAUAUUACACAACAUGAAUAAAUCAAUCAAUAAAAGUUGAUUAUAAAGGCGAUCAUGUGGACUUUGGAUCCACCCUAUCAGAGCUUUGAUUUCACAAUAUAUUUGAUAUUAUUGUUGUACCGUAGUGUACCGCUGUGCGACACUAUCCCUUCUUACACUGAAAAAAAAUAAUGCGUGUUGAAUUCACUCAAUAAUAAAUCCAGAUACAUUUACAUAUAUCAUCUACUUUAAAAAUAAUGGAUCUGGGUCGACAGGAUUAUUUUGCGCAACCACUUGACAAAUAAAAAUGAGUAAAUUCAA